GACGAAAAUACCAUUGAGUUGGAAACUUUCUUUCCUUUUGCAAUAACGAAAUAACAGACAAAAUGGCACAACAAAAUCCAUACGGACCAAAUCCAUCAGAUUUCUUAUCUAACGUUACUAAAUUCGAAGUCAUCGAAUCGACUUUAAGAGAAGGGGAACAAUUUGCUAAUGCAUUUUUCACUACUGAAAAAAAAAUUGAAAUUGCUAAAGCCUUAGAUGAAUUUGGGGUUGACUAUAUUGAAUUAACUUCACCAGUUGCUAGUGAACAAAGUAGAAAAGAUUGUGAAGCAAUCUGUAAAUUAGGAUUAAAAUCCAAAAUUUUAACUCAUAUUAGAUGUCAUAUGGAUGAUGCUAGAGUUGCAGUUGAAACCGGGGUUGACGGGGUUGAUGUUGUUAUUGGAACCUCUCAAUUCUUGAGACAAUACAGUCAUGGUAAAGAUAUGAAUUAUAUUGCUCAAUCGGCCAUUGAAGUUAUUGAAUUUGUUAAAUCUAAAGGUAUUGAAAUUAGAUUUAGUAGUGAAGAUUCUUUUAGAUCAGAUAUUGUCGAUUUAUUAAACAUUUAUAAAACCGUUAGUAAAAUCGGGGUUAAUCGUGUUGGUAUUGCUGAUACUGUUGGUUGUGCUAAUCCAAGACAAGUUUAUGAAUUAGUUAAAACUUUGAGAUCAGUUGUUAGUUGUGAUAUUGAAUGUCAUUUCCAUAACGAUACUGGAUGUGCCAUUGCCAAUGCUUAUACUGCUUUAGAAGCCGGUGCCAAAUUAAUUGACGUUUCAGUUUUGGGGAUUGGUGAAAGAAAUGGUAUUACUCCUUUGGGUGCCUUAAUGGCAAGAAUGAUUACUGCUGAUCGUGAUUAUGUUUUAUCUAAAUAUAAAUUACAUAAAUUAAGAGAUUUAGAAAAUUUAGUUGCUGAUGCCGUUCAAGUUAACAUUCCUUUCAAUAAUCCAAUUACUGGGUUCUGUGCUUUCACUCACAAAGCGGGUAUUCAUGCUAAAGCUAUCUUGGCCAAUCCUUCGACUUAUGAAAUUUUAAAUCCAAACGAUUUCGGUUUAUCAAGAUAUAUUCAUUUUGCUAAUAGAUUAACUGGUUGGAAUGCUAUUAAAUCAAGAGUUGAUCAAUUGAAAUUAAAUUUAACUGAUGAUCAAUGUAAAGAAGUUACUACCAAAAUUAAAGUUCUUGGUGACGUUAGACAAUUAAGUAUCGAUGAUGUCGAUUCCAUAAUUAGAGAUUUCCAUCAAGAUUUAACCACUCCAGCUUUGAAAGCUCAACUCACUAAUGAUUCAGAUGUUCCUGCUGUUGUUGGUGAUGGUAUUGAUGAAGAACCAGCUACUAAGAAGCAAAAAUCUGAAUAAAUUCCUCAUUAAUUAAGUCUUUAUUCAUGAUUUUUUUGUUUUCUUAGUUGAUCGAAAAAACUCAUCUUAUAUUUAUUUCUAUAUAUUAUUGCAUAAUUUAUCAAUCUUAAUUCUAUCUGAUUAUCAAAUAUCAUGGAUAGAUUUGACAUUAACUUUAAUGGGGUCAUGACAUCAAAAUUUACUUAAAAGAUCAAAAAAAAAAAAUUAUUAUUAUUAUUUAAAAGUUUCU